GAGUGCGCAGAGGCUGCGUGUAUUUGGGCUCGCGCUGGGCUCCCGUUCUGGAGGGUUGCUGUGGCCUCGCCGCCAUUUUAGGGGCUCGGGGAGACCUUUCGCCCUGCGCGGGGACCCCCCUGGAGGAGGCCGGGCCAUGGCGGGGCAGCUGAGCUCGGUGACCGAGGUGGAGAUAGACCCGGAGGGCACCUUCAAGUACAUUCUUGUGCGGGUGCAGCAGAAGGGCGACGAGCACCGCGAUAUCGUCCGGGGCACCGCUACCGCCGAGUUCCAUAAUCACAUAUUUGAAAAAGUGAAUCCUGAAAUGGAGAAACUUGGUUUUGUAUGCAAGUGUCUUGGAGGAGGAAAAAUUGAUCAUAAUAGUAAAGAGAAGAAAAUCCGUGUAUUUGGUCUUUCUACAGGAUAUGGAAAAGCUGAUCAUGCUGUGACAGUUGAACUUCUGAAGAAAACCUAUAAGGACUAUGACAUUAGUUGGUCCGAUGACAAGAAGUGAAUUGCCACCGCUGUGUAUUUUGACUAUAAAGUCAGUCCUUUUUCUUUUCAGCAUAGUGUGGACUUUGGUCAGAAAGUACCAUCAAGUGUAUUUUGGCUUUGUUGAAUAAAAAAGAUUGAAUGUAA